AUGGCCUCUUCUAUUAAAUUAUACCCUAGGAAGCACGACACCAAAGCUGUUGGCCAAAGUCCACUCCCCCAGCUUCUACAGACACCUUCUGGUUUAGCUAUUCUAGAGCUUCAAGGCACUAUCAAUGUCCCAGAAAACAUUGAGGGCAGCACCCAAGAAGUAACCAUCGGACGGCUCGUAUUUCCAGACUAUCACCCAGAAACUCAAGACCCCUCUAGCACAGCUUGGAUGAGACAGAUUCAUCUUUACGUGGGCGAACAUCAGAGACUCACUGGAGAAGCCAAAAAGCUACCGAGAGCUAUGGCUAUUAUUAGAAAACGGACUAAGUCGGAGGAAGAUGUAGAAAUGGCUGAUGAGCCAUCUAGCUCUUCUACGGUUGAGGAGUUGGAGGUGGUUGAGAUUGUCAAAUACAAGAUUGUAUUUUCUCAACGCCCAGAACCCGUGGGAACUGGAUGA